AUGAAUCAACACAACAACAACAACAGAUCAAUAGUGGCAUUGAUGACCAUCAUCAUGAUGAUGACUAUGACCAUCACGACAGGUGUCAAGGCACAACCGACAUAUAGUUUGAGCUCAUGGUACAACUCGUCAGAGUGCCAUGGUGACUCGUUGGUGGAGAUCGAGUUGUAUCAGUCGGGCUACUGUGAGCAGGUGUCGUCACAGUCGCAGCAGUACGAGUGCCAGGAUGAUGGCGUGCUCUUUAUGGAGUUCUACGACAGUCGAUGCAACAGUCCCAAGAGCAAGCAGCUGUUCCCAUUCGAGACGUGCAGCACUCGCAACUCAUCGUUCACUCAAUCACAGUGCGCCUCGCAGUCGCAGGUCAACAGCAUGAUCCAUGGCAUGACCAGCGUUUUCUUCUACAGCGCACCCAACUGCAACAACGAUCAGAGCAGUCCGUACAAGAUGAUAGUGUCGCCCGAGCCCAUCUGUCUCAGCUACAUGCGCACACUCAACAAAUGUGAUGAUGGCAAUCUCUACCAAGCUACAUGCGAUGAUGAGCUCUGUUUACUAUGUAGCGACUAUCAACAAGUCGAUCCAUUCUGUCUGGCACCUGAUGGAAUGUACUUUGGAUGUCCUUAA